UCUAGCCGAAGCGUCUUAAAGUUUAGUGGGGUGCGAUUAUCGUUCUUCGGAGGUGGCCAGAGGCCCAGAGGAGUGUCUGUCGUUAUGGAGAAGCUCCGGCGGGUGCUGAGAGGAGAGGACGAUGAGGAGCAGGGGCUGACAGCGCAGGUCCUUGAUGCAUCAACCCUGAGUUUUAAUACUCGAGUGAAGUGGUUUGCAAUAUGUUUUGUAAGCGGCAUUUUAUGUUCUCUCCUUGGGACAGGAUUGCUCUGGCUUCCAGGUGGAAUGAAACUCUUUGCAGUGUUCUAUACCUUGGGAAAUAUUGCUGCUUUAGCCAGUACUUGCUUUUUGAUGGGUCCUAUGAAACAGCUAAAAAAGAUGUUUGAACCAACAAGAUUAAUUGUGACAGUUGUUAUGCUGCUUUCUUUGAUCCUCACCCUAUGUGCUGUAUUCUGGUGGCAUAAGAAAGGGUUAGCCCUGCUGUUCUGCAUUUUGCAGUUUCUGGCAAUGACCUGGUACAGUCUGUCAUAUAUCCCAUAUGCAAGGGAUGCUGUAUUGAAAUGCUUCACAUCCUGCCUAAGUUAAAGAGAAGCAGAACUUUUUCCAGUGCUUGGAAACCUACUUCAUUUCUCCUAGGUUUACUCCAAGUGGUUCAGGUCCUGAAACAGUGACAUCCUUCUUCACAAUGGGGAUUAAAUUGUAUUAGCGAAGAGCCUUAAAAAAAAAAAGUACAAAACCAGGGUAUCUAUACCAUCACAAGACCUUUAAAUCCAUGUUUGUUGUAAAAGAAUUUUUUCACUCACACAGUGGUCUUAAAACUACUUGAUCAGAGUCUGCUAACAUGAUUUGAUCUCAAAAUUAUAUGGACUUUGAGUUUCAGGUAAAAUGCAUAUAAAUACUCCUGCCUCAUUUUGUAAUAUUUAUAUUUCCGAUUUGUGUAUUAUUUGUUUUGUUUCCCAAAGUCCUUUAAAUUCUAAAAUGAAGAAUGACACUAUGUCAUAGCUACUGGGCCUCUUCAGAAAUGAUUAACAGUGGAUAGCAUGGAAAAAUUGAGAAUAUAUAAGAAACGUGUUUUCCAAAUUCAGAAACUCUCCUGUGUAUGCCUUUAUUUCAAAUGCCAACUUUUUAUACUGUGAUACUUAAAAUACACUCAACUAAAAGCAUUUGAGUAAUAUAUUAAAUCAAUGAUUUCAAAAUAAAUAUUAUUUAAAAUUAUGCAAUGUAA